AUGGCCCACCUCGCACUGCAGUUUCGCCAAGCUGUGCCCCUCACCAUCGAGUCGAGAUUUGUCUUCGUCCACUUCAUUCUCACAGGCCGUCGCAUUCUCUUCCAUCCUACUUCUCAUGUUCAUAUCUUCCUCUCCCGCUCGCUCGUGGUAGAAGUUGCUCCGCGACUGGUACUGCACAAGCUCCACGCGUUCGUGUUGGUUUUCCUUGCUCUCAUCGGCACGCUCGUCAAUCUUUUGCACUCCAAAGCAGCCUGGAUGGCGACUGCGCCAAAGUUGUUUGGAAUCUCACAUAGAGGAUCCCAAUGGGUCGCCAACAUAAAGCUUGGAGGCAAAAAACUUUGUCUGGGGUGCAGAAACACUGCAGAAGAGGCCGCCAGACUGUUCGACAGGGCGGCAUACAAGUUGAGGGGGCCCGAAGCUCAGUUGAACUUCAACCUCACAGAUGAGCAGAAAGCUGAGCUCGACGCCAAGUCGGAGCUUCAGUUCCGGGCCUCCCUUGCCAAAGAGAACCUCCUGCUCAAGUUGGGCCGCGGGUCGUCGCGGUUCAUAGGCGUGAGCUGGAACAAGGAAAAUCAGAAAUGGCAAGCACGGAUACAGAAAGGUGGGGUGUGUCUGUACUAUGCAAGUUUUCUCACGGAAGAAGAGGCAGCCCAAGCGUAUGACGCAGCUGUGAUUGAAAGGUAUGGGCCUGAUGCCACAACUAACGCCAAACUCUUCAGCGGAGACUUCAGCAGUGUGGUUCCUGUGGGAAGCGCCCGCCCGCAGGUGGCUCGUGCCACGGGCAGCGGGAGGGCAGAGGCGCAGGGUGGCGGUGAGGGGGCGGGUGUGGAGCGGAAGACACGUGGCGGCCGGGGCGGAUCAGCCAGACGUCGCAAAGCAGGUGCGGCUAGAGUGGGUGAUUGGGAUGGGCCACUUUAA